AUGCGUUACCUCUCUGCACUCUUUGCUGUGCUUACAGCUAGUACGGUUCGAGCUUCUGCUGAUAUUGUCUCCGGUGCGACAUGGACCGCAACUAACACUGGCGAACAUGUUCAAGCACAUGGUCACGGCCUGAUUGAGGUUGACGGAACCUACUACAUGAUCGGCGAAGACAAAACCGACGGCACCUUCUUCCAAAACGUCAACUGCUACUCUUCCACCGAUCUCGUCGAAUGGACAUACCGAGGCGCUCUUCUCUCCCGCACCGUCGAAGCAGGAGAUCUCGGCCCCAACCGCAUCGUCGAACGACCCAAGGUUAUCUACAACGACGACACCGGUAAAUACGUCCUGUACCUACACAUCGACAGCUCAGACUACAAGGAUGCUCGAGUUGGUGUAGCUACUGGUGAUAGUGUCUGUGGAAAGUAUACCUACCAUCGCAGCUUCAGACCCCUUGGAAAGCAGAGUCGUGAUAUGGGGCUUUUCAAGGACGAUGAUGGGUCUGCUUAUCUCAUGACGGAAGAUCGCGAGUUUGGUACACGAAUUAUGGCCUUGUCGGACGAUUAUCUCAACGUCACCGAGAUUACAUAUGAAUGGGAGUACUUUGCUGAGUCGCCUGCCAUGCUGAAGCAGAACGGCUAUUACUUCAUCUUCGGUUCUCAUUUGACUGGAUGGGAUGCCAAUGACAACGUCUACAGCUAUGCCAAGUCCCUAUCCGGCCCUUGGUCAGAAUGGACCGAGUUCGCACCCAAAGGAUCAAAGACCUUUCAAUCCCAAGUCAGCUACAUCCAACCACUCGGCAACAACAGUGCAAUCUACAUCGGCGACCGCUGGGUCUCUACCAACCUCGUCGCUAGCACCUACGUCUGGCUACCUCUCAAGGUCGAAGGCACCAAGGUCACGCUCAACUGGUACGACUCCUGGGCACCCGACGUCUCAAAGGGUACAUGGGCCGAAACGAAGACGACAAAGCUUGAAGGCGAAGACGCCGCGCUGGCCAACGACGCAAGAAUUAUCUCUUGCAGUGAGUGCAGCGGUGGCAAGGCUGUUGGAUAUAUCGGCGGCGAUAAGAAGGGUACUAUUACGUUCAAGGGUAUUAAGAGUUCUGGUGGAUUGAGCACUAUUGGUAUCAAGUACCGAAAUGGUGACACUGGGUCUCGUUACGCAACUGUUUCUGUUAAUGGCGAGAAGCAGAAGCUUGCGUUCUUGUCGACGAGACACCUUUCUCAGACUGGAGUUAGUACUGGAUUCUUUGAUUUGGAAGAGGGAUCGGAUAACACUAUUGUUAUUUCGAAUGAUGAUGGUUGGGGUCCUGAUGUUGAUGCGCUGUUGCCGCCAACAGCGUAG